AUACACAUGUACAGUAUAUAUAUUUGCCAUUAAAUUAAUUUCUUCAGCGUUAUUUACGUUACUCUUCAGUUUUCCCUCCCAACAAAAGCCUUUUUUGGCAUAGUUUGCUGUGCAUAUAUAACUGUGUGUAGUGUGUGUGUGUGUUUUUUCUUCUUCUUUUAUCUUUGUUUUCUUGAGAAAAAUCCCUUGUUUAUUUUCUUUUCUGUUUCCCGCUCCUUUCUCGAAUCUCAGCAUCUUUCGUUUGACUCCUUUGUUUCUUACAAAGCAAACAAAAACAAAAGAAUAGUGUGUGUGUGUGUGUGUGUUGUUGUCUGAUUCAGACAGGAAAUGCAAGCAUAGAUUAAAGGAUAUGAUGGAAGAGGGGUGCAAGAAUUCCAUAGGAGAGGGAGAGAUCAUGGAAACUCCCGAGAGAAGCAAGAACAGCCGAAUCGCCUCUUCCAUUGCCAAAUUUGAGGACUCCCCUGUGUUUAACUUUCUGAACAAUCUUUCCCCAAUCAAGCCGGUGCACUUCUCUCAGACGAUAAAUCCGCUUAGCUUCGCUUCCCUUCCAUCCGUUUUCAGUUCACCGCAGCUUGCUUCCCUCAGGGAAUCUAGGCUUCUUCGCAGGCAUAGUCUCUCAGAUCCAUCAAAACCCGAGUUCUCCUCUGAUCCAAGCACGCGAGCCUCUGUUAACUUGGACGAACAGAGGGAAAAUCUCGAUCCAAAUUUCAAAAACGAUGGUGAGCCAUCAAGGCUUGCAAAUUGUGAGUCCAGCAUUGAGAAAUCGAACGAGGAUGUGUUGGGCACUUGUGCAGCCCUCGUGGAAGGCCAGAGGAGCGUAAACAUGAGUGAGGCGAACGUGGAUGUGUUAGGCAAUGCCAAUGUAAACAGUUGGGACAGUUUGAUCAAUGAUGCAUCCAAUCUAUUAGCCUUUGAAUCACCGAACGCAGAGGCUUACAACAAGCCCGUUGAUCCUGCAACGGCUUUCUAUAGGAGCAUUAGAAAUGCCAUUCAGAACGUUUGUGGUGAACGAGGAAACGCAGCUGAAGACAUGCCUUGCCAGCCUGAUGGAGAAAUCGAAAAUGAGAAUCUUUCUGGUAUAUGUCGUGGCAUGAGAAGGCGCUGUCUCGUCUAUGAGAUGGCAGGAGGCCGUAGGAAGCGUGUGGAGGACGGAUCAGCCGAUACGCCUCUUCUGCUAACGACUAGUGGCAGUGCUUCAUCGGACAAGCAAACAGCUAGGACUAAUACAGAAAAUGAUUGCUAUCGUAUCUUGCCAGGGAUCGGCUUGCAUUUGAAUGCUCUGGCAGCGACUCCCAAGGACUUUAAAAUUUUCAAUCACGAGUCUUCAGCCUCUGGUAGAUUAUUGAUCGGACCAAGCUCAUCUGCCAAUUUUCGCCAAGACUUGUUAAGAAACUACUCGUUGGAAAGAGAAAACGACGCAUUGGAAAAUGACGGCUUUGUCAUGGAAGAUCAUAGCUGGGAAUCUGGACAUGUCGCGAAUGAAGAUAUCAAUCCGAGUAGUCCAAAGAAAAGGAGGCGUAGGUCAGAGCAAGGGGGAGACGGUGAAUCUUGUAAGCGAUGCAACUGCAAAAAGUCGAAGUGCUUGAAACUCUACUGUGAGUGCUUUGCUGCUGGUGUCUACUGUGUGGAGCCGUGCGCGUGUAUAGACUGCUUCAACAAGCCAAUCCACGAAGACGUUGUCCUUGCCACUCGCAAGCAGAUUGAAUCGAGAAAUCCUCUUGCAUUUGCUCCCAAAGUGAUCAGGACCUCUGAUUCUCCAUCAGAGAUAGGAGGGGAUGACCUCACCAACACCCCUGCUUCAUCGCGCCACAAAAGAGGAUGCAACUGCAAGAAAUCCGGAUGCCUCAAGAAAUACUGUGAAUGCUACCAAGGAGGCGUAGGAUGCUCCAUAAACUGCAGAUGCGAAGGUUGUAAAAACGCGUUUGGGAGAAAAGACGGCUCGUGUGCAUCAGCAGCGGAGCAUGAGCACGAAGAAGAUGAAACGGAUAGCAUAAGCCUCUACAAUGCUCGAAUCCACGAUGAUCUUGAUAGUCAACAGUCACACCGGUCGUUCUCAAAGAAGAGGCCACCUCGGGCCCCUUUUCCUCCCAUCGGCUCGUAUGCAUUUCCACCGCCAACUAAUAUGAGACCGCGUUGUGAAGAGGAAGACGAGAUGCCACAUUUUCUCGUUGGAGGAGGGUCUCCGAUCAAGACAUCCUCGCCUAACAAGAAAAGAGUUUCUCCACCUCAGACACUGCCCGGUCUGAGGAGCAGCCGGAAGUUGAUACUUCAGUCCAUCCCGUCGUUCCCUUCCCUCGCACCGAGCCAGUGAGACGAGCUCUCUUCGUCUGCUGUGGCAGCUUCUAUUGUAUAACUCUUUUAUAAAUCCACUAGUUAAAAUAUUAAAGUCAUAUUGCUCAUUGGUAUGUCAGGACUAGGGAAUUUAAUUUUUAUACGAACGCAGUUGGGACGAAGGGAAUACUUUUUCGUUCA